CGUCAGCUGUCUCUGCAUCUUUGGAAAGUGUAUUAGUAUAUAAACCUAUUUAUCUAAUCAAAUACUAUACAUCUAUGAGAGACGGACGAACAAAAAAUAUUACUCAAAGAAAGAAACAAAAGCAGGUUAAAACCGAACCGCUAGUCUAGAGCAAUCAUUAUCCUCAUCAGCAGCACCGCCGUCGUUCAACAAAACCUACUUUUGCCGAGAUGGAUGAGCAAAAUUCCGAUUCUUCUCAUACUAUUGAAGUUCAUGGAGAUGUUCCAUCUGUGGAUAGGAGUUUGGGCGGAACGAAGAUUUGUGGAGAGGCACCUUGCGGUUUUUCAGACGCUAAAUCCAGUUCAAAAGAUGCAAAAGAACGGUCGGACUCCAUGCGGAAGCUUUUGAUUGCAGUUGUACUUUGCAUCAUCUUCAUGACUGUAGAAGUUGUUGGAGGCAUCAAAGCCAACAGCCUUGCGAUUUUGACUGAUGCAGCUCAUCUAUUAUCAGAUGUUGCAGCAUUUGCAAUCUCCUUGUUUUCUCUCUGGGCAGCAGGAUGGGAAGCGAAUCCGCGCCAGUCUUAUGGUUUUUUCAGGAUUGAGAUACUCGGUGCACUGAUUUCCAUUCAAAUGAUAUGGCUUCUUGCUGGAAUCCUUGUGUAUGAAGCCAUUGCUAGACUUAUCCAUGAUACAGGUGAAGUCCAGGGUUUCCUUAUGUUUCUUGUUUCUGCAUUUGGUUUAGUGGUGAAUAUUGCCAUGGCACUCUUAUUGGGUCAUGAGCAUGGUCACAGCCAUGGCCAUGAUGGUCACAGCCAUAGUCAUGAUGAUCACAGCCAUAGUCAUGAUGAUCACAGCCAUAGUCAUGAUGGUCAUGCACAUAACCAUGGGCUCACUGUAUAUACACAUCAGCAUCAUCAUGAGGGAAGCUCUGAGCACAAUGAUGAGCAUCAUCAUUCACAUGAAACGGGUCAUUCUGAUCCUCUACUUAGAACUUACUCUGGCAACAAUGCAGCCCAAGGUGAAGCUAAGCAAAAGAAACAGCGGAACGUCAAUAUACAGGGUGCUUAUCUUCAUGUAUUGGGCGACUCCAUACAGAGUGUUGGGGUGAUGAUCGGUGGAGCAGUUAUUUGGUAUAAACCGGAAUGGAAGAUUAUAGAUUUGAUUUGCACGCUUGUAUUCUCAGUAAUUGUGUUAGGCACAACAAUCAGGAUGUUGCGGAAUAUUCUAGAGGUUCUGAUGGAAAGUACGCCAAGAGAGAUUGAUGCUACGAGGCUGGAGAAGGGUCUUUGCGAGAUGGAUGAGGUGGUUGCGAUCCAUGAAUUGCACAUUUGGGCCAUAACAGUUGGGAAGGUUUUAUUGGCUUGCCAUGUUAAGAUCACGCCUGAUGCUGAUGCAGAUGUGGUACUAAACAAGGUGAUAGGCUACAUUAACAGAGAAUAUAAUAUCAGUCACGUGACCAUUCAGAUUGAGCGGCAAUGAAGUUGCGAAUUGGAUUUUGAUGGUUGAAGGUGGAUCUAUUGGAGUUUUGGUGAUAUUAGAAAUUGAGUUUGUAAUUCUUUUAAAUCUAGCAAUAGUGAUAAUUAGCAAUUCAUGUUGAUUACUGUUUUUAAGAAUGAUGUUAAAUUUGCGCUGCUACUCUUUCUUACUGUUCAUUUUUAUGUAAUGAUAAUUGGUCUGGAGUAA